UAAUACACCCAUGGUUCCUCCUCGCUGCUGCGUGUAAGGGACGCGUGCCCUUGUUAAAGUUUAACUGGCGAGGCGGUUAUAAACUCAAUUACUCCUUGAACCUCCGGCUGAUGAAGAAGCAGAACAAGUUGUUUUUACACUGGAAUGGUUAAAGGACUGACAAAGACAUACCAGAGGGGGCUAUGACCGAAAAAAGUGGAAGAGAUACGCGACACAAAAGAUCCAGCUCUUAAUACAGUAAGCCAGCGUUCUCCUCUAUGGAGCAAGAAGAAGAAGCAGCAGCAGCAGCAGCAGCGUGUCGUGAGGAUGAACACUCACGACCGAUGUACAGGUUAGAACGUCCUCUUUAUGAUGAGACUUUCCUCCGGACACGGCUCCUCCACCACAAAGACGGCUCCACCACCUUCCGGCAGAGACUGGCAGAGAAGUUCCAAUGUUCGUCCCAGAGGGCCAAGGCCGUGGCUCUGAGUUUCCUGCCUAUUCUAACAUGGCUGCCAUCCUAUCCUGUCAAGCAGUACCUCUUUUCUGAUGUGGUCUCAGGACUCAGCACAGGAGUUGUGCAGCUCCCACAAGGCCUAGCAUAUGCUAUGUUGGCAGCUGUGCCUCCAGUUUAUGGCUUGUACUCGUCGUUCUACCCCGUCCUGCUCUACACCUUUUUUGGCACGUCCAGGCACAUAUCAGUGGGUACUUUUGCAGUGAUAAGCCUGAUGAUUGGAGGUGUAGCAGUGAGGGAGGCCCCAGACUCCAUGUUUUUACUCCCUGCUAAUGGAAGCAACAUGUCUGUGUUGGUGAAUGAGGAAGAGCGUGAUGCCAGGAGGGUCCAGGUGGCCGUGGUGCUCACCACCCUGGUGGGAAUCAUCCAGAUCGUCUUUGGUCUUCUCAGGUUUGGCUUUGUGGCGAUCUACCUCACGGAGCCUCUGGUGCGAGGCUUCACCACCGCUGCAGCCAUGCAUGUCGUCAUCUCCCAGCUCAAGUAUCUGCUGGGGGUCAAGACGCAGCGUUUCUCUGGGCCCCUCUCUGCUAUCUAUAGUGUCAAAGCAGUACUUGGUGAAAUCACCAACACCAAUGUUACCACUUUCCUCCUGGGCCUUGCAUGCCUUGUUUUCCUUUACACGGUCAAAGUCCUCAAUGAACGCUACAAGAAGAAGCUGCCUGUUCCCAUUCCAGGAGAAAUCAUUGUGGUUAUCGUCUCGACUGGUGUCUCGUAUGGUUUGUCCUUAUCAGACGACUACAAGGUAGACGUGGUUGGGAAUAUACCAACAGGGCUUCGCCCCCCUGCUGUCCCAGAGUUCUCUCUGUUACCCAGUUUGGUCACAGACUCAUUUGCUGUAGCAAUUGUAGGAUUCUCAAUGGGCAUCUCACUUGCCAAGACCUUUGCCCUGAAACACGGCUACAGUGUGGAAGGUAACCAGGAGCUGAUCGCCCUCGGCCUGUGCAACUUCAUCAGUUCAUUCUUCCAAACCUUCGCCAUCACUUGUUCUAUGUCGAGGAGCCUGGUGCAGGAGAGCACCGGAGGAAAAACCCAGAUCGCAGGACUCCUGGCGUCUCUCGUAGUGCUGCUGGUGGUCGUAGCAAUCGGUUUUGUCUUUCAACCACUCCCUCAAACCGCGCUGGCCGCCAUUAUCAUGGUCAACCUAGUGGGGAUGUUCAAGCAGUUCAGAGAUAUUCCCAGUUUGUGGAAGAUCAGCAAAAUUGAACUGGCCAUCUGGAUAGUGGCGUUUCUAGCGUCUGUGCUCCUUGGCCUGGAUUACGGCCUCUUGGUAGCUAUUACAGUUGCCUUAUUAUCAGUCAUCUACAGGACACAAAGUCCAAGAAGUUCUAUUCUUGGCCACGUUCCCAACACGGGGCUGUACUACGAUGUGGACGAAUAUGAGGAGGCAACUGAAUCUGAGGGGAUUAAGAUUUUCCAGUUCACCUCUUCAGUCUACUUUGCCAACAGUGACCUUUAUGUUAAUACCCUCAAGGAAAAGACUGGACUAAACCCAGAGCAAGUGCAAGUAGCUCGGAAAAGACAAAGGAAGCAGAGGAAAAAGGUAAAGAGUUCCCACGACGCUCCACUGGAGGUUUGUGCCAAGUACAGCGACGAAGCUGUGACCCAUGAAGUCUGGCCUGAAGACCGUGAGGUGCAUGAUGGGAGGAACGGAGAGUUGGAGGACAAAUGCAAUGAAGCAACGUCCGAGGUCACAACAUUCCUGGAGCCCCUCACAACCAUCCACUUUAUUAUUCUGGACUGGUCAACCGCCAACUUCAUUGACUCCGUAGGAGCCAAAGCAAUCAAACAGGUCAUUAAGGAAUAUGCAGCUGUGAAUGUGAAGGUGGUCAUAGCUGGCUGCAACAGAAGUCUAUUGGCUGAGCUGGACAGCUUGCAGUUCUUCAGCGGGGACAUGACGACUGACCUGGCCUUCCCUACUCUCCACGACGCAGUUCUGCAUUGCCAACAAUCUAAUUCCAACUCACCUGUUGUUCCAAAUGAAAUGGUGUAACAGAUGAAAGAUGUUAUGAAAAGAAGUGUGAGAGAGGGCUGGACCGUAGAUCUGGGCCGUAGAUCUAGAUCUGGGCCGUAGAUCUAGAUCUGCACCGUAGGUCUGUAGAUCUGGGGGCCGUAGAUCUGGGAGGUUCCAGUGUUGAAGCAGUGACUUCAUCUCCGUAUGCAUCAUUACGGAGGAGCACUGGAACCCACAUUCAUGUUACUUCUAGUCUUGAAAACUUUAAAUGUCAUGUCAUGAUGUGUAGUUGAGCUUUUCAACAGUCCACAAUAAGAGCUUAUUAUUAGCUUAGCUUUUAUUGAUUUCUUGUUGUGACGGUUUCAUUUACCUGCUGCAGCUCUUGUCUAAGUGACCAAAUAGAGUACAUUUUGACAAAUCAAUUCAGUGCAGAUUUUUGAAACAUUUAGUGGGGGGGAAAGUUAAUAUAUUUGUGGUGUUUUCUUUAGUCACAGUUAAGUCUGAGGUGUUUAUAUUUGCUUAGAUUUCUAUCAGGUCAUUUUCACGUUAAAAAAAGAAAUCGGCUGUUACGGAAAAACACAAAGAUGCCUUUCAAGUAAACUUGUGGUUAUUGGUUAUUUUAGAAUGAAUUGAGACUUGAAUAUUGAAUAAACUUUAUUUUUAAUGAACAACAA